AUGAGCCGGUGCCAGCCUAUUUGGUACCCUGGGGGUCCUGUAGACGCAUCCCUUUUGACAGGGUAUGACGAACAUGCAGCUAGACGUAUAUGGGAUGGAGAGAAUAGGGAUCCCCAAAGGUUUUACAAUUAUGGGCAGAUGAUUAAAGAUCCCGCACAGCCUGACGAGCCAUGGUUUCAGGAGGUACUGGCAGCUUCAGGCAUGAGGGACCUCUGCAUGCUCGACUACGAUACCAUACAUAAUGGUAUGCUUGCGGCCUUUGCGGAGAGAUGGCAUCGUGAGACAUCCUCAUUUCAUCUACCCCACGGUGAGAUUACCAUCACCUUAGACGAUGUGGCAUGCCUACUUCAUCUUCCUAUCAAGGAUACCCUCCUUUGUCAUAGUAGGCUGACGAAGGCGGAAGCUCAGGAGAUGUUGAUUGCUGAGCUAGGGGCUGAUCCCGAUGACGCCCUUGAGGAGGUGGAGAGGACACGAGGGGCCCACAAGUUGGAGCAGGCUACACACAAAGAGAGGGUGCUAAGAUCCUACUUCCUAUAUUUGAUAGGCACUCAGCUCUUUAUGGACACGAGCUCGACGUGCACAGAUUGA